AUGUUGAAUAUUAAUUUAAUUAAAUAUAAUUAUAAUACAAAUGAACAUAUUUCAUAUAAUGAUUCAUUUACUUCAAAACAAAUAUUAAUGAAUUCAAAAUAUUUCACAAAUAAAAUUCAUCGAUUAGAAAAUGAACAAAAUUCUCCAAUACAAUUCUUAAUUCAACAAUUAAAAAAUGAACAUAAUAUAAUGAAUCAAUCUAAACACUUACAACAACAAAAUUCAACAAUGAAUUAUACAACUAAAAAUCAUCAUCACUAUGAUCAACAAGAAACAUUACUUAAUUCACUUGAUUUUUUAAAUGAAAUAAAUCAUUUUAAAAUUCGUCUAGAAACAUUAGAAAAAGAACGUUAUGAACUUGAAGAAAAAGUUCGACGACUUCAAGCAGAAAAUAUAACUUAUAAAAAUCGUUUAAUUAAUGAAAAUAAUCCAUGGAUAAUAACAUCUCGAACAGCAUCAUCAUUCAAUGAACAUACAAAUCUAUCGACAUUUGCUGGUAAUAAAUGUUUUAUGAUGUAA